CCCGGCUGGAGACGCCAUUGUAAAAUACCGAAGGGUGGUGGAGACAGGGGAGGCGGAUUGUAAAUUGUUUUCUUUCAUCGCUUCGUGUUGUAUUUGUGGUGCGAUUUUUUUUUACUAUUUCUUCUCCGUACACUAUAACCUCAAACAACCAUGGCGUGUGGAGCCACGUUAAAGCGCUCGAUGGAGUUUGAGGCCCUCCUGAGUCCCCAGUCCCCAAAGCGGAGGAGGUGCAACCCGCUGCCGGGGACCCCAGGCACUCCGUCCCCGCAAAGAUGCAAUCUCCGGCCGCCCACAGACAGUCCCUCGCACUCGUCGUCGCCUCAGUCGAUGGGAGGAGAACACAGGCUUACCCCAGAGCAGAUCUUCCAGAACAUUAAGCAGGAGUACAGCCGCUACCAGAGGCGGCGGCAGCUGGAGGGGGCCUUCAACCAGAGCGAGGGCUGCAGCCCCGCCCUCCCUGCGCCCAGCUCCCCACCAGGUGCCUCCUCGGUGAGGAAGGACCAGCCCUCGUUCACCCUGCGACAGGUGGGCUACCUGUGUGAGCGUCUCCUCAAAGACCACGAAGAGAAGAUCCGCGAGGAGUACGAACACAUCCUCAACACAAAACUCGCAGAACAAUACGAAUCCUUCGUGAAAUUCACACAAGACCAGAUCAUGCGCAGAUACGGCGCCAGGCCAGCAAGUUAUGUCUCUUGAAGAACCCAAUCAAUAGGUACCAGCCUUCCACUCUACAAGAUGGCUGCUCUACUUCUCUCCCCUUACAUAAUUUUUAUUUUUUUUGAUUUUUUUUUUUGCAAACUGUUUGGGUGCCAUGAUUUAUCAAUGUUUUUUCCCCAGAAGAUUCAAACUCUGAAGUAGUUGCUGCUGCCCCAUUGUUACAGAUUACAAAGGAAAGAUGUAAAAAGUCUUUACUGAUGUGCGCGCUCUCUGCAGCGCAGGUUAGAGUCCGAUUCCCCCGGCGCUGUCGAGAGCUCAGCUCCUGUGACUGCUGUGUAUUUACAUGCCAACAGCGCCCCCUGCGGCAGCUGCCUGUCUCUGCCUCUUCACACUUUAUCUCCUACAAGGCAAUCCUGAGGAUGUGGAAUUUCUUUUUAUUUUAUGAAAAAGUUCUGUGAUAAGUUGCUUUUUUUCCCCCUCUAUGUACAUAAUUUUCAGAUCCUGUAUUUAGUGCACUACAUACAUUUAAUUGUACAGUUCUGUUUGUUUUUAUUUUGGGUUUUCGUUUGGGUCAGGAAAAGGCCCCCAAGGGGGUCACCAAAUUUGGAAGCAUCAGUGACCGGUUGAGAUUUCCACAGUCAAGUCAUAAUGUCCUAGAAAUGGAUCUCAACCUACAUUUUGAUUUGAAACUGAAGCGGCUAACAUGUUUAACGUUGUGAUUUAACAAUGACCCAGUACGCAAGCACACACACUCUCGCUCUUACACACACACACACACACACACACAAUCUGUUUUACAGGGUCCUUGUAAAAUAUGAGACGUGAUUAAAGGAUGCUGAUGCUUAUAAUCGAUCAUAUGUAUUAAAUGCGUGUGUGUCUUUUUCCCAACCCCUUUGAGUCAUGCCAGAGUACCAAAAAUGCGUGAGAAGGGCCUGUUUGUGGAGUGAUGGUGUUCCAUGAACAGGGCAUCUCUGCUGGGUUUGGGGAGAAGUUAGAGACUGUGAGGCCAGUCUGAAUGUAGCCUGGAAGGAGGCUGUAGGGUGGCAGUGACCUGACCACAUGAGAGUUGACAAACCAAUUUGUACAUGCUUUUUUGUUUUGGAGUUUUUUUCUGACCUUCUCCUUUCAGGAAACUGGGUGAUUAAUGCCAAUGAGACUGUGUACUGAACUGUUUAGAGAAGCCCAGCAGAGCCAGACCCGUAGGAUGGCUGUGUGGAUGUUUAAGUUUUUUUCCUCCUGUUUAUGUCCUUUGAAUUUCAACUUUUGGAAUGUAUUGAUAUACCUUUCCACUUUUCUUUGAGGCAGUUUAACGUUCAUAUUGCUUUGGUUUAAUGAAAACUUACGUUUCCAUGGGGAAAUCAUACUCCAUCACACUGAAUGUAGGAAGUGUAUAAAGUCAACAGAGAAAGGCAACUCUUACAUGCUUUUGGCAUUGAGUUUCAAAAGAAAAUUUACCUCCUACACAAUACCAUUUUCAAAGGAUUGUAAAUUUGUAAUGCUUAACGAUGCAUUUUGAUUUUUUCCUUUGUGUACAUCCCUUUCUUUCUCCCUUAUGGAAGUUUUGAAUUGUGUGUUGUGUGGAAUCCUGAAGGGCGUGGCUCCGCUUCAGGCGCGAGAUGCACUUUCUCUGACGGAAAGUGACUCUAAACCUUCCGAAUGGGUUCUAAAGGACACCAUACCAAAAAAUCAGCUCUUUAUUUUCCCUUUGUACAGGUUCCCCC